GUUCCUAAAACGCUGCGUUCAGCUCCAUCUUCCUCUUUCAUUUCAUUUCGUUCUAGGGUUUUUCAGAUUCACAUUUCCACCACAACCACACUUCCCACUCCCCAACAAUGCACUCUACCUCGCAAUGACUCAAUUUCUCAUCACCCACCUCAAUUUCUCGUCCCUUCCUCCAAUUUCUCAUCCCCAAAGGUACAAUUUCUCUUUUCAUUUUCUCAUCUCGCAAUGACCUUCUCGAAUCUUCUUCUUAUCGGAAUCAAAAAAUGCAUUCUGUUAUCAUCAAUAGAAUCGAUUCUGCUUAGAUUUAAAACGUCGUCGUUGUUUCGAAGACGAUGAUGGAUUCGAAUGAUGAAUUCAAUUACCCUGUUAGGUCAUAGAAUGGUUCAUAAAAUUUCACAUUGUUUGAAUUUCACGAGAAUGCUCUGUGAUCAACCGUUUCGCGGAGAUGACGAUGUUGUUAGAAAUGGGUUUGACUUUGUUGAGGAGGAGCCUUUGAAGAAAAUGUUUGUGGGUUCAUGUGAAAAUUUUGAUUUGAAUCAUAAUGAGGAAAAGGGUUUUGGUUAUAAUAAUCAAAGAAGGGUUUUUGGUAGAGAUUGUUUGUUAGAAGAUUUUAGGCGGAUUGAUUUCGAGAGGGAAAAUUCGGAUUUGAAUAAUGAUGAUGAUGAUAAACAUGGUGUUGGAUAUAAGCAAAGGAGGUUUUUUGUUAGAGAUUGUUUGUUAGGAAAUGUUAGGAAGAAUGUUGAGAGGGUUCUCGAGGUUUUACGAAGAGACGGGUUGGAAUUGGAUUUUGAUUUUAGAGUUGUUUUAGAUGAGUUAGGUAUAAGGCCGACGUGGAUAUUGGUUAGAGAGGUUUUGUAUGCGGUGUUGAGAGAGGUGAAUUGUGGAAACAAGGCUACAAUUGGAAGAUUGGCGUAUAAGUUCUUUGUGUGGUGUGGUCAGAAGGAGGGUUAUUGUCAUACAGUUAAUUCUUAUCAUUUGAUUAUGCAGAUAUUUGCUGAGUGUGAGGAGUUUAAGGCGAUGUGGAGACUUGUUGAUGAGAUGAUUGAGAAGGGUUUUCCUGUCACGGCUCGUACUUUCAAUAUUUUGAUUUGUACUAGUGGUGAGGCGGGUUUUGCUAGGAAUUUGGUUGUGAAGUUUAUAAAGUCGAGGUCGUUUAACUAUCGGCCUUAUAGACAUUCUUAUAAUGCAAUUUUACAUUGUCUUCUUGUGUUGAAUCGGUACAAGUUGAUUGAGUGGGUUUAUGACCAAAUGUUGUUCGAGGGUUUUUUGUCGGAUGUUUUUACAUAUAAUAUUGUCAUGGUUGCAAAAUACAGACUUGGGAAGUUAAAUCAGUUAUACAGGUUGUUUCAUGAGAUGGGAGGAAAUGGUCUUUCUCCGGAUUUUCAUACCUAUAAUAUUAUUCUUCAUGUUCUUGGUAGAGGGGGCGAACUGUGUAAAGCUGUUGAACUUUUGAAUCACAUGAGAGAAAGAGGUAUAGAGCCAACUGUUGUGCAUUUCACAACACUCAUAGAUGGACUGAGUAGAUCAGGACAUUUGGAUGACUGUGAACAUAUUUUUGAUGAAAUGGUGAGGAUUGGCAUCAUCCCAGAUGUGGUAGCAUACACUGUAAUGAUCACCGGAUAUGUGGUGGCUCUUGAGUUCGAGAAAGCUCAAAAAAUGUUUGAUAAGAUGAUUUCUAGAGGACAAAUCCCAAAUGUAUUUACCUAUAAUUCCAUGAUUCGUGGAUUUUGUAUGGCAGGAAAGUUCGACGAAGCAUGCUCAAUGCUCAAGGAAAUGGAGACCAAAGGUUGUAGUCCAAAUUUUGUUGUCUAUAGUACAUUAGUGACUAGUCUACGAAAGGCUGGAAAGCUUUCUAGAGCUCGAAAAGUAUUACGGCAGAUGAUGGAGAAGGGGAGGAAUGUCCACCAUCUUCCCAAGUUAAGAGCGAGACGAUAUAGGAAAUGAGAUAUCAGAUUGUCUGGUUGCUGAUAAAACCUGUGGUGCAUCGACUUAUUGAUCUGGUCAACCAGGACCAAUUUCCUUCUGGUUUGCUGAGCUGAUGUAGAAGCUGGAGAUACAAAGGUUCUGCGCAGCGCCAUCUCCCCGCAAGCCGCCUUCAGCAUUGUCGGUGUUAGCAGCUGCGAAAUGCAGCAAUCUUGCUGUUUGCUAUACCGCUAUAGCAAUCUAGACUCACUAAAGUUUUGCCUAAUGGAGUUGGAGGUUGAAGAACAAGAGUUUGAAUCAAGGGAUGAACAAGAUAAUAUUGAUGUGGUGAAACUUAGAAGUGAAUAUGAGGCAUCCGCAGAUUCGGAUGCAUGGUUUUCAUUACUUAUAGAACUUCAUUUUAAUGGCUUAUCAUUUUGUUUACUUUUAGAACUUGAUUUUGUCAUUUUGAUGAGAUGUCAUUAUGAUUACAUUUAGAACUAAUUUUGAUGGAAAAUGACAAAGUUGGUUAUAGUUAUUAAGUAUGAUUGUUCCUUUAAUUUUGUGUAUUUUUCUAUUGAUUAUUUAUGUAUCUUGUUGAAAUUUAUGUUUAUUUUAUAAAUUGUUCAUUAGUCUUCACAAUAGCGGCCAUCCUGCUAUCAGCUAUCCUGCUAUAGCAUUUUUGGAGUUAGGCGCUAUGCGCCAUAUCUAGGAUUAACAACAUAGCUAUGUGAUAGAAACUGAUAUCAAAACAUAUAAAUUAAUAGUAAUAUUACAAUAGAAUCCCAUGGAAAUUGAGAGUGUUGGUUCUCUCCCCUCCAAGAAUUCGAGAGCUUGGUCUUUCCUCCAAAAUAACCACUUCCUACUUUUCAGAAUAACCCACAAUAGCCUGUGGUUUCCCUUUCAUUCUCACACAUACAUAACUAACUUAAUAAAUACUUGUUACAUAAUAACUGACACAAUAACUGCUAUUAUAAAAUAUAAUAUUUAUUUAAUAAUAAGGAAUAGUCUGAUGCUAUGUUUAAAUACUAGUAGCAAUGUACAUUGAUGAUUAAUUAUUGAUGUGUUUAGUUUUGUGCAUUAUUCUAUUUUUUAGAGGUUAUAUGUGUAUGUAUGGUAUAAUGUCUUUGUAUUACUUCCUUAGAAUUUGACAUAGCGGCUGUACUGCUACCCCACAAUGGCGUUCUGGGGUUCGGCCACUACACUAUGCUCUCUGCUACUGACUAGCUUCCAACACAUUUUAUUCAAUCUGUAAUAAUUUGUUACAUGUGCACCUGUUAGCCAUUUUUUUUUUCGUAAUGUGAUACCAAUAUUGCUUGUUAUGGUUGUCAAAUGUCAAUCAUUCAUUAUAUUAUUGUUUAGUCAGCUGACUCUAGUUUGAUAACAAGGAAAAUGGAUUCCCAGCUACCUGUGCACUCACACAGUAAAUACAUUGGUGAUUGUUAGAUUCAGAUCAAACAAUUUGCAAAAUAUACAGAUUUUGAUUUUUUUUUAAAAACCAAAGUAUCUUGAUCAAAGAAUCACAGAUGUGCUGACUGUGUGAAUUUGGAGUAUCCCUGUUGCAGAUGAUGGAACUAAAAUAAAAAUAAAAAUAUGAGAAUCAUGUUCCCUAUACUCACUUCCACAUUUUUGC